AUGCUGUCCAGAGUGGUCGCCCGCUCUUUGCGGACAGCCGCCUCUGCGCGCUUCUCCCCAGCGGUCACUUCAUGGAGGGCUUCGCCCGCAGCUCUAUCAUCAGUAUGGAUCAGGGGUAUGGCAAAUGACAACAAGCCCGGCUCGUCUAGAUUCGGCACCCCUCAGAACUCCCAACAGAGCUCGUCCGAAUCCCAGAAGUCGUCCCCUGCCGGGACCCAAUCUCAGCGCAACACUCAAGAUUCUGCUCCUGCCGAUGCUACGGAGAGCAAACCAUCCUCCCAAGCCGACUCCCCUACCGAAGCUCAGCAGACCCAUCCCGAACAGCAGAUCCCCUUCAACCAGCUGCCCGACCUCACCCAGGGCAUCCCCUCGACUCUCGAGUACGAGACUUCAGGCGCUACCAACCGCUCUGCUCUUUCAACCAUUGAGGAAGAUGCAUCAGCCGGUGGCCGUGGGAAGGGCGAGCUCCCUGCCUCUGCCUACAUUUCAUCUUCUGAGAAGCGCCGCGCCAAAUUUGCCAACUACGCCUUUGGAAUGUCAGCUCUGUUCAUCGUCGGUGCAACUGUCUACUCGGGCAGGAACUGGGACGAGGUGGAUGCCAAGCGCCACCCGGACGUUCCCAACGGAUGGGGACUUGGGCUCUGGUGGAAUCGCGCCAGCGCCCGCACGAAGGAGCUUUUGACCUACUACCAUGAACCUGCAUUCGAGAAGCUGCUGCCCGACCCGGACCCCAUGUUUGAGCGCCCCUACACGCUUUGCAUCAGCUUGGAAGACCUACUAGUCCACAGCGAGUGGACGCGUGAGCACGGUUGGCGCGUCGCCAAACGACCGGGAGUCGACUACUUCCUGCACUACCUCAGCCAGUACUACGAGCUCGUCCUCUUCACCACUGUCCCCUUUGCUAUCGGCGAACCUCUUGUUCGCAAGCUUGACCCCUACCGGUUCAUCGUGUGGCCGCUAUUCCGCGAGGCAACCAAGUACAAGGACGGCGAGGUUCUCAAGGACUUAUCUUAUCUGAACCGCGAUCUCUCAAAGGUCAUCAUCAUCGAUACCAACGCUCGGCAUGUCCGCGAACAGCCUGACAACGCCAUCGUUCUUCCUAAGUGGACAGGUGAUCCCAAGGAUAAGGAGCUGGUCAGCCUGAUUCCCUUCCUCGAGUACAUCUACGCCAUGCAGUACGGCGAUGUUCGUAAGGUCCUGCACUCUUUCGAGGGCAAGCACAUCCCUACCGAGUUUGCCCGUCGCGAGGCCAUCGCCCGAGCAGAGUUCCAGAAGCAGCUGGAAUCUCAAGGCAAGCACAAGACCAAGAGUGGCAUCGGGGCUCUCGGAAGUCUGUUGGGGUUGAAGCCCAGCAAUAUGAGCCUGAUGGUCAGCCCUGACGGUGAGCCCAACCCGGGCGAGGAGUUCGCCAAGGGGAAGAUGCUGCAGGACAUCGUUCGGGAGCGCGGUCAGCGCACCUAUGAAAUGAUGGAGAAGGAGAUCCGCGAGAACGGCGAGAAGUGGCUCAAGGAGGAGGCUGCGCAGAUGGAGAAGGCCCAGCAGGAGGCUAUGCAGAGCAUGAAGAGCUCCUUCUCCGGCUGGUUCGUCCCCAACGACGCCAAGCCAGCAUCGGCACCCGCCCAGGAGCCCAAAGCAUAA